AUGGAGCCUGAGAAUCCUAAAUUGUUUAUUAGGGGAGAUUUUUCAAUUAUUACAGAAACAACGUUAAAAGAACAUUUCAGUGAGUAUGGUAAGAUUAAAGAUGUUCUUAUCAUUGCUCAAAAGAACAUCGGUUUCGUUACUUUUUCUGAUCCUUCCAUGGCUCAAAACGCCCUUAAACAAGAACAUGUUAUUCUUGAUCAACGGGUUGAUGUGGAACCAGCGAAACCAAAAGUACCAAUCAGCGAUAGAAAGAUAUUCGUAGGAGGGUUGCCUCAUGCAAUAACUGACGAAGAAUUCAAUCAAUAUUUCAAUAAAUACGGUACCAUCACCGAUUCGAUCAUAAUGUACAAUAGUGCAACCGGAGUAAAAAAAGGGUACGGCUUCGUGACAUAUGAUUCAAAGGAAGCGGUGACACGAGUUCUGCAGAACAAAUUUCACCAAUUACAGGACAAGAUGGUUGAAGUUAAGAAGGCCAUCCCCAAAUAUCAUAUGGGUGCCGAGCCGGAUGGAUUUGAACAUAAUCAGAGAUGCGGCAUUGUCAACAUUUAUGAUGUAAAUUCUCAGCCAUACUUUAAUCCACCAACAUAUUGUGGGAGUGGAUUUGAACAUAGUCAGAGUUAUGACACUAUCAGCAUUUAUGAUGUAAAUUCUCAGCCAUACUUUAAUCCAGCAUCAUAUUGGGAUAGUUACUACGGGCCUGUCUACUACCAGCCUUGGUAUGAUUUCUAUGGAGGAUAUUACCUGCAGCCGAUGUAUUUGGAUCAUCCAUUCCCUUGCGCUGAUCCGUCUAAUUGCCAGCAUCCUUACUGUAAAAACAACCGGAUGUAG